AUGUCAAACACAACUGGAAAGAAUUUAUCGUCCUCUGUCGGACAAGGCAUCCUGGCUACUCUGAAUGACGAAAUUGUUGGGGGUAUCAAGAUCCCGAAAAUUGUUGGCGGAACGGAAGCUAAGAAGGGCACGUAUAAACUUGAGUUCUUCAUACCAGGUCAGUACCAGUACCAAGUAGCAAUUGCGGCGUCCGAUCCCAAAGGAGAUUUUGUAACCUGUGGUGGAAGUCUGAUUGCUGUACAAUGGGUACUAACAGCUGCUCAUUGCAUUGGUGAAACCAUCUUGGAGAGAGAUGUUAUCCUUGGGGACUAUGACCUCACAAUGAGGGAAAAGGAAGAGCAAAGGCUCAAAAUCAAAAAAGUGAUUAUGCAUGAGCAGUACAAUGAAGCUGGGAGUACCAAGAAGCAAGCCCGCACUUACUUUGUCUUCCAUGAUAUUGCACUCUUGCUGCUGAAAGAGUCCGCAGUCAUCAAUGACUUUGUGAAAAUCAUCAACUUGCCAAUCAAUCCUAAGGAACCCCAUGGUUAUACCAUCGCAUCCGGGUGGGGUGCUUUGGAAUACGCGGGGGAUACUCCGGAUCGGCUCCAGCGUGUUGUUCUGCCAAUCGUUCCGAUCCGGUUGUGCCAAUUUACCAACAUCGUCAUGCAAAGCCAACUGUGUGCCGGGUAUUUGGGAGGCGUAAGUGACACAUGCACUGGUGACUCAGGUGGCCCAUUAGUCUGCUUCGAUCAUCCGAAAGAUCCCCAGGGGGAUGCAAGAAAACCCCAAAACUGCCAAGGGAAAGCAGCAAAGAGUGAAAUUGAGUUCGGUUGGCCCAAGGAGUUUUCCCCGUCUCCAUUCUUGUGUGGGAUAGUGUCAUAUGGUUACCGCUGUGCUCAGGCAAUGCACCCUGGGGUAUACACCCGGGUUGGUUACUACCUUGACUGGAUCAGUAAAUCGAUUGCAGCGAAUCACUUCAGCGAAGGCAUUACAAAAGUUGACUUUGAUCAGUGGCGCAUUCCCUUCUCAAAUCCUAUCACUAUCGACGUUUCCGAACAUUUCCCAUUCGACGAGAAAAAAGCUUUCAACACGAUCGCAAGAACGUCAAAAAGUGCAAUCUUUCCGUCAGAAUUGAAAACUGAGCGCUUUCCAAAAUCUUGGGAAACUUUAGUAGUUCUGAAGCUCAGAAGAACGGCCAGUCUUCGCGAAUUUAUUCCAACCUUGAAUCUCAUUCAAGAUAUGGACAACUUGGUUGGCCAAGAAGCUACGCUGAUCACAUUGUCUCUCGACCGGCUUGAAAAGACCUGGAAGACUAGAACUGGUCAAUUCCAAAUAGUGGAAUGCUCCGAACUCUUAUUGCACAACAAGGGUUUGGUGUCCAAGACCAAGGAUAUUCUUUGUGCACAGCACAAGUCGGAACUACACUGCGACGAAGCAUUGCCGGGAAGUCCACUGGUUUGCUAUGGAAAUUCCCUGAACAAUAAUGCCGAUUCAAAAAACCGCUUCCUCUGUGGGAUAUUCACCAAAUUUGAAGGACCAACUUCCAAGCACGAGACGUACUUCUCCCACAAACCGGGUUCCAACUGGUCAAAGUAUGAGAAGAGCAUUUGCGUUUUCCGGAUAAUCUUCUUUCCGGAGUUUGGGUUUUCGAAUCAAGGAAUUUCUCUGCAAGAUUUGAUGGCUUUCAAAGGCGGCGAUGUCACUCCUACGAUCUUUGAUCAACCCCACACCACCCGCAGCGAAUAUCUUUCCAACGGGGCUCUCCGGAGUUUUGGACAAAAUAGUGUCUUUCGAGCUGCAUUAGACGGAAUCAUUCUCCCUACACCGCCGACGAACACAACUAGGAAGAAUGUUUCGUCCUUAAUCGGCAAAGACAUCUUGGAUAAUCUGAAUGCCGAAAUUUUUGGGGAUAUGAAGAUCCCGAAAAUUGUUGGUCAUUACCAGUACCAAGUAGCAAUUGUAGACUCCUCUCCCAAAGAAGAUAAUAUAUCCUGUGGUGGAAGCCUGAUUGCUGUGCAGUGGGUUCUAACUGCUGCUCAUUGCAUCAUGGGAUCAAUCUUGGACAGAGUGGUAAUCCUUGGGGACUAUGACCUGAAAUUGAAGGAAAAGGAAGAGCAGAGGUUCAAGAUCAAAAAAGUGAUUGUGCAUGAGCAGUACAGUCAUCCUGGUUUACGCAAUAAGCAAGCCCGCACCUUCUUUGCCUUCCAUGAUAUUGCACUCUUGCUGCUGGAACAGUCUGCAGUCAUCAAUGACUUUGUGAAAAUCAUCAACUUGCCAAUCAAUACUAAGGAACCCCAU